AAUUAGUGAAUGCACUGCAUCUCUCUGCAGUGAAGGGAAGCGACAAGGUAGGCUGUCAUUCUGCAAAAGCUGCCCAUCGCAAGCUCUCCUCUCUGAAGCGCUGCUCUUCUUUUUUAGAAAGCCUGAAUCUCGGCGGUGUCUCUGGAGACGAGAAGCCUUCAGUAUGUUAAAUGACUUUCAUUAUGUAUUUUCAGAUGCUUAUUGAUUCUACAGUGGGAAGAGUGGGAGACUGCAGCAGCCUCUAAAGCAGAACUCAACCAGUUGUAUACAUUAGCAGUAUGCUGAAACAAUGGCACAGUACAGGCACAAAUUUUCAUUAAGGGCAUUUUUCGAAGAUAUGCUUGUUACCCUUUUUCCCUUCUACUCUGCUAACAAGUGAGCAAAAUGAAUCCCUCCAACCUGGAACUGCUUCACCUGCAUCGAGAAUUUAUCAAACCUUUAGUGGAGGGCAUGCAGCAACUAAUUCAGUUUUCCAACUGACAAUAUGAAGAAUGCAGUUGACCGGGUACCUUUCUAGCUGUACGACCUCCAAGCAGCGGGAUGCAUCACUAAAAUGUACUCCUAAGACAUAAAGGAAUUAGAAACAAACAAACAAAAAAUGGAACACGCUUGUAUUACCAUUUACGUGCACGACACUUCAACAGUAUAUGUGGAAGACUAACACAUCUGCUCACAUUUCCUUACAAGAAGGAUGCAGGGAUUGAUUCUUAAAAUGGUGAGCAUCUCUUAAAGAGGGAUUUAUAAUUUAAAACCAGAAUUGUGGAAAUUACUGAUGCAUGAAGAAACAAUGAAACAUGAAUUCCCACAAGGAGAAUAUGCAUACUUCACCAGCAAGCUGCACAAGGGUUUAACCAGGCUUUUUCUAAACUGCUCAUUAAAUAUCUUAUUUGUCAUAAUGACUAAUGGAUAUUUUUCCUCUCAAUUUUAUGAUCUGUUAUGUAUUCUCCUUAAAUGAAAAUAAACCAAAUUAGGGAACUCAUGGUUACUCGCAAAGCACACGAACUGGAUUUUAUGAUGUAUAGCAACUUCUUUGACUAAGCCAUCACUCAAAAGUAAUGAGCAGGAGUAUUACAGAAAGAAACACGCAACUCUAACUAAAGGAUGCCUACGUACACUCUGAACACAGAAGUCAGAUAUUUUUUGGUUUUUAAACCUGGAAAAUAAAAACAGGCUGCUACAAAAUGCAACAGGGGAAAGAAAUUAACAUCACGUAAAGGUUUGUUAUUGCUGGCCUGAAACUCAGAACAGACACAGAACACGCGCAGGUCUUUAGAAGCAUCUCAGGCAACUGAGGAGUCCCCAUGUUUAAUCAAAAUUUGCUGCUGCUGAAUUGCUGGAACAAAAAAAGGAAAAAAAAAUCUGCAAGGAAUGAAAUAAGAGCCCAGCUACAACUUGGCUCCGAGGUGACAGUGCAUGUCAAAUACCUGGCAGUGACACCAUGUACGAAUUUAUGACAAGCUGCUACAAUGAUCUGAAAGACCCCUGAGGCACAGAAAACAGGAGAAAAAAACAACUGCAAGAAAAGAAUGUGUUUCUCCCCCAUUCUGGAGGUCAACAUGCAGUCUGAAUCUAACAUUACAGUUCGAGAUGCCAUUGACGACAUCGACACCAACAUGUACCGACCACUGUCAUAUGCAUUAAGCUUUCAAGUUUCUCUCACUGGAUUUUUGAUGUUAGAAAUUGUUUUGGGACUUGGCAGCAACCUCACCGUGCUGGUACUUUACUGUAUGAAAUCCAACUUAAUCAAUUCUGUCAGUAACAUAAUUACAAUGAACCUUCAUGUACUUGAUGUAAUAAUUUGUGUGGGAUGUAUUCCUCUAACUAUAGUUAUCCUUCUGCUUUCACUGGAGAGUAACACUGCUCUAAUCUGCUGCUUCCACGAGGCUUGUGUCUCUUUUGCAAGCGUUUCAACUGCAAUCAAUGUCUUUGCUAUCACUCUGGACCGAUACGAUAUCUCUGUAAAACCUGCCAAUCGAAUUCUGACCAUGGGAAGGGCUGUGAUAUUAAUGACAUCAAUCUGGAUCAUCUCACUUUUCUCCUUCCUGAUUCCUUUCAUUGAAGUCAAUUUUUUCAGUCUCCAAAGCGUGAGCACUUGGGAAAACAAGACGCUUUUGUGCGUCAGUGCAAACGAAUACCACACGGAGCUGGGGAUGUACUACCACCUCCUCGUGCAGAUCCCAAUCUUCUUCUUCACCGUUAUAGUAAUGCUCAUUACCUACACCAAAAUACUCCAGGCUCUGAAUAUCCGAAUUGGCACGAGAUUUACAACAGGACAAAAGAAGAAAGCUCGGAAGAAAAAAACUAUCUCUUUGACCACUCAACACGAGACUACCGACGUCUCACAGAGCAGUGCGGGGAGAAAUGUAGUCUUUGGUGUAAGGACUUCUGUGUCGGUCAUAAUCGCCCUGCGCCGAGCCGUGAAACGGCACCGGGAGCGACGAGAGCGACAAAAGAGAGUCUUCAGAAUGUCCCUUUUGAUUAUUUCAACCUUCCUGCUCUGCUGGACACCCAUCUCUGUUUUAAACACCACAAUCUUGUGUUUGGGCCCAAGUGACCUUUUGGUUAAGUUGCGAUUAUGUUUUCUAGUGAUGGCGUACGGAACGACUAUAUUUCACCCUCUCCUUUAUGCAUUCACCAGGCAAAAGUUUCAGAAAGUUCUGAAAAGUAAGAUGAAAAAACGAGUUGUUUCAAUAGUGGAAGCGGACCCCAUGCCAAAUAACGCGGUAAUACACAACUCAUGGAUAGAGCCUAAAAGGAACAAAAAGAUUACCUUUGAAGACAACGAAGUAAGGCAGAAAUGUUUAGUACCUCAGGUUGUCACUGACUAGACUUCAGUACUCACCAAAACACAUCGAGAGGAAUAUUGAACAAAUUGUAGAAAAAUACUGCCAAAUAAGAAAAACUUUUUUUUAAAACUAUUGGCUAGACUGUAAAUUUUCCAAUAUGUAUGUUAAAUAGAGUAGGUCUUGUAUAUUCGAUUUCUUCAUUAUGUAAGAUAUCUGUUGCAUGGCCGUUUGUUAGCGUAACACCACGUGUAUAUUUGUCAAAAAUAUUCAAGUCCUCUUUUUUAGAAAAUAAAUAGCCUUAAUGAAGUGCAAACUUUUAAAAA